AUGGCGUCCUUCGCGCGGCGGGAGUCGCAGAAGCUCUUCCAGCAGGAGAAGCGAAACCGCCAGGAAGAGGAGGGGAAGGAGGAGAAGGAAGAAAAGGAGCAGGAAAAGGAGAAGGAGAAGGAGAAGGAGGAGAAGCCAAUCCAGCUAGCAAAGCUGGCUGAGGGCAAACGGAAGCGGAAGGGCUACAAAGAACGCCGGCGCAUCAAAGGCGAGCGGGCGCUCUGUACAGAGAAGGAGGAGAAGGAGCAGAAGGAGAAAGCAAGCCUGGUGCAGCCGGCUGCCGCGUGA